UCCAUUCUUAGUCACUCGCUGUUCGAAUACUACUGCCAAGACAUCACAAGCGCCACUUUGGCUUCGAAAUUUCCACCCACUUACACACCAACUUCACCAUCUUCAAAUCCGUCGUCACCAUGAGCCAACAAACGACACCAAACGCCUCCGGAUGGACACCCGACUCGUGGAGAUGCAAGCCCAUCAAGCAAUGCCCCGAGUACCCCGACAAGGCCGCCCUUGAAAAGGCCACCAACGAGCUCAAGACCCUCCCGCCCAUCGUCCUCCCCAACGAGAUCAUCCGCCUCCGGGAACACCUUCGCGAUGUCGCCCAAGGCAAGGCCUUCCUCCUCCAGGGCGGCGACUGCGCCGAGCUCUUUAGCUACUGCCAGCAAGACGUGAUCGAGUCCAAGAUCAAGCUCCUUCUACAGAUGUCGCUUGUCCUCCUCUGGGGCGCCGACAAGCCCGUUGUGCGCAUCGGCCGCAUGGCCGGCCAGUACGCGAAGCCUCGCUCAUCGCCCGUCGAGACCAUCAACGGCAAGGAAGUGCCCUCCUUCCGUGGCGACAUCCUCAACGGCUUCCACCCCGAUGAGCGUGAGCUGGAUCCUAACCGUCUCGUGCGCGCCUACCAGUACUCAGCAGCCACGCUCAACUACAUCCGCGGCGCCAUCGGUUCCGGCAUCGCCGACCUUCACGGUCCCCUCGACUGGGGCCUCGGCCACGUGCGCGACCCGGCUCUCAAAUCCAAGUACCAGGAAACCGUCGACCGUAUCCAGGAAAUGUUGCGCUUCAUGCACACCAUUGGCGCCGACCAAAACGAGAAGCUGUCGACUGUCGAGCUCUUCACCUCGCACGAGGGUCUCCUGCUCGAGUACGAGGAACCGCUCACCCGCUUGCUCAACCACCCUUCGGUCCGCUCCUACCCUCCCGACUCUACCACUCCCCCCAAGAAAGAAUACUACAACACGUCGGCUCACUUCUUGUGGAUCGGCGACCGCACGCGCCAAAUCGACCACGCGCACGUCGAAUACUUCCGCGGCAUCGCCAACCCCAUUGGCGUCAAGAUUGGUCCCUCGACACCUACUUCGGACUUGUUGCCUAUGCUGCGCACCCUGAACCCCAACCGCGAACCCGGCAAGGUUACGCUCAUUACGCGUUACGGCGCCGACAAGGUGGCGUCUCUCCUGCCUGCGCACAUCCACACGGUCGAAAGCUCCGAGUACGCCCGCACCGUGGUCUGGCAGUGCGAUCCCAUGCACGGCAACACACAAUCGGUCAGCGGCGGCAUCAAGACGCGCAAGUUCAGCGACAUCUUCUCGGAGCUUCAGCAGACACUACGCAUCCACAAGGAACAGAAGUCUUACCUGGGCGGCAUGCAUUUGGAAUUGACGGGUGACGCGGUGACAGAGUGCUUGGGAGGUGGUGCAGGGCUAGAUGAGGAUGACUUGAGUACUAACUAUACGAGCUUCUGCGAUCCGCGGUUGAACGAGAAGCAGGCGCUGGAGCUGGCGUUCCUGGUGGCGGAUCAUUAUAGGCAGGAGAGAAAAGAAAAGGAGGCUGAAAGGAGAAAGUCCUCGGUGGUUUAGGGGGCCGCUUGUUUGAAGAUGUGGAGGAGCUGGCAGAUGAAAAAAGUAGUGAGGCUACUGGCGCGAAUGGGAGUGCUCCUACUAUUGGAGGAACUGCUAC